AUGUUUAAGUUGUUGCAUUUAACCGGCAAACGUAGCGUAUUUGUGAAUAUUUAUGCGAGAACGUCUUUAACACCUGGAAUUUCAAAUUAUUGCACUAAAAUUACCAUUAACAAUGAAAAAGAUGAAAAAAAAACGGUUACUGAGAAAAUGUCCAAUGUUACAUGGGAUACGUAUAAAUUAGAAACGCCUGGGACGGAAAUCUGUAUACCAGAAGGGGAAAUAGAACCUCCUCCAGUGGAUAUAACAGAAAAGGUUUGUGAUCAAGAUGAAGGUGGUGGUUCACAAAGUGUCCCACCUAGAUUUAGCCGUUGUGAACCUUCUGAAGUAAUAUGGGCAUUUGUGCCUAGGGAAUGGUAUGACUUUUUUGUAUGCAAAACUGGCGCUACUGGCUUUUAUACAUUCCUUUUUACUGUAAGUACUUACCUGGUUAGUAAGGAAAUAUUAGUUUUGGAGCAUAAUUUUUAUAAUGGCUUGUCUAUGGCCCUCUUGACUGGUAUUUGUAUUAAGUACAUUGGGCCUUUAAUGGCUAAAUCACUUGAUAAACUUAUAGAGGAUUAUGAAAAAGCAUGGGAGAAAAAGGAGUGUGAUGACAUCAAAGGCUUGGAGCAAAAUAUUUUGGACGAAGAAUUUUCACAGUUUGAGGCUGAUGGACAGAUGAUGGUUUUAGAAGCUAAACGGGAAAAUGUUUAUUUCCAGCUGGAAGAUUGUUUUAGAUUGAGACAAGUUGAAGUCCAUGAGCAAGUUCUUAAACGACUUAACUACCAAGUUGAUAUUGCAAGUGUUCAUAGAAAAAUUACUCAGAAAAAUUUGGUUGAAUGGGUUCAGCAGGAAGUUAUAAAACAACUUUCCCCAGAACUUCACGCAAAAAUUCUUGAUAAAUGCAUCACCGAUAUUUUAAGAGAUAUUGAUGGAAAUGCUAAAAAAUCGGAGACUUCUUAA